UGAAGAACACAACAGAUUUUUUUUCCGAGAUAUUGGCGGAAAAAAAAAAAGACUAAUUAGAAGACGAGAGAGCGGAGCAUAUGAGAGACUAGUUAUUGUGAUUAUGAUUAUCGUUGGGUUUUACCAUAAGAGCAGAAAGCCAGUUUUGCUCACUUAAAGACAAAUAUUAAUCCUCAAAGCAUGUGAGGACUGAAGACCCACGUGGAACUCUCAAAAUUAAUUUCAACUCCCAACGCCACCCACCACUUUAACGUCUCUUUUUCCCGAUUCCUAUACUCUUUAAAUACAAUACAUGGAUAAAAAGCCCUGUAACGUUCUCUUUGCUUCCCAUCCCUCUCUUUUUUCUUCCCUGUACUUUCCCUUCACUUCUUCGCAGUGGAAAAUAAUUAUGGAGUCCAAACAUGAAAAUUUGACACUCUCAUUCAUCUUGCUUCUGAUGCUGCUUGGUUUUGCGAGCUCUGAUGUCAAUCAAGACAGAACAGAAUGUGCUACUCAGCUAGUUGGGCUUGCUCCAUGUCUACCAUAUGUUGGUGGGCAGGCAAAAACCCCUGCCAUAGAUUGUUGCAGUGGGCUCAAACAGGUGCUGGAUAAGAGCAGGAAAUGCCUCUGUGUCUUGAUUAAAAAUAGAGAUGACCCCAGCCUUGGCCUCAAGAUCAACGCUACUCUUGCAGCAACCCUUCCAAGCACAUGUCGUGCCCCUGUUAACAUGACAGAGUGCAUCUCACUUCUGCACUUGGCACCCAACUCCCAGGAAGCAAAGUUAUUUGAAGGAUAUGAAAAGCUGACAGAAGGGCAUGCCAGUACCCCAGCUGCCGGUGGGAACUCCACAACCACAAAAAGCGCUGCAGAGAAGAGUGAUGGAGGAAAAGGAAAGAGGUGGGUGGGAGUAGUAGAGAUGGCUUUUGGAGUUUCACUAUGGAUUAUCACUAUUCACCAAAACAUCGGUGUGUGAUUAUGGAAUUUACAGACAGCUACUAUGAUUACUGUUUCCAUAUUUUUAUAAAACCAUGGAGUUAUGUAGUACUCUAUAAUCUCUUUUUUUUUUUUUUUGGAGGAAUCUCUUUUGUUUGUUUAUCUAGAUUGUGUUUGUUUGCUGUAAUGGAAAUCAAGGGUCCCACAUGGAUUAA